UUUCAAGAUGGACUACCUGUUAGAUGUCGAUGCUGCAUACCGACUGUUCUACAGUCAAGGAGCGCAAGCGCGCCGGGCGACCCUGCUCCCGGUCCCCACCUUGAUGGCGGCAUCUUCCGAGGAGGACGUGGACCGGAGGCCCAUCCGCAGAGUCCGCUCCAAGAGCGACACCCCCUACCUGGCCGAGGCCAGGAUCUCCUUCCACCUGCAGGCAGCUGAAGAAGCGGAGAGACUGGCUGCCAUGCGCUCGGACUCGCUGGUUCCAGGGACCCACACCCCUCCAAUUCGGAGGAGAAGCAAGUUUGCCACUUUAGGAAGACUUUUCAAGCCGUGGAAAUGGAGGAAGAAGAAGAGCGAGAAAUUCAAGCACACAUCUGCAGCACUUGAAAGAAAAAUAUCCAUGAGGCAAAGCAGAGAAGAACUUAUCAAGCGGGGUGUGUUGAAGGAAAUAUUUGAUAAAGAUGGUGAGCUUCCCAUACAAAAUGAAGAAGGGUCACUGGAAAAUGGGCAGACUCUCAGUUCCAGCCAGGUUUCGCUCCCUGCCCUGUCCGAACUGGAGCAAUGUUCAGCAUCUGGGGAUUCGUGUACAUACGAUAUGCACCCAACUCCAGAGAUUAUGGACGGAACAGCGUCCGAAGAGAGCCCCACGUCUAGUGAAUCUGGAGUCCACCUAUCACAAGAUCCUUCAUCCAAACCAGUCUUGCUACUCCCCCCUAAAAAAUCUGCUGCUUUCUCUGGAGACCAUGAGGACACCCCAGUGAAGCAGCUCUCUCUCCUCAAACAGCCCCCUGCCCUGCCUCCUAAACCUAUGGCCCGGAUUGCCAACCACUUAGCGGGUUCCAGUGCAAAAAUAGACUAUACUACUGGAUAUCUCAGCCCAUGGCAAGAUCAGUGUCAAAAUGCUGGCGCUCCUGUGAAACUGCCUUGUAUGCCCGUCAAACUGUCGCCUCCGCUACCUCCAAAGAAAGUCAUGAUUUGCAUGCCUUUAGGGGGACCAGACCUCUCCCUCACGUCCUACUCCUCUCAGAAGGGUCCCCAGCAACCACUGGCUCCACAUCAUCACCACACGGUCCUGCCAUCACAGUUAGCAGCGCACCAGCAUCAGUAUGGCAGCCACAGCCCACACUUGCCUUCUGGAUCCAACACAUUACCUAUUCACCCUUCAGGGUGUCGGAUGAUUGAAGAAUUGAAUAAGACACUGGCCAUGACUAUGCAGAGGCUAGAAAGCUCUGGUUUACAUGCAGGUGACAGUGUCACAAAAACUGGACCUGGGGGCCUUUCAGACAUGAGACAAGUGCCAACUGUUGUGAUCGAAUGCGAUGACAAUAAAGAAAAUGUGCCUCACGAAUCCGACUAUGAAGAUUCUUCCUGCCUCUACACAAGAGAAGAAGAGGAUGAGGAUGAAGAGGAAGAUGAUGAUAGUUCAUUAUUUUCAAGUUCCCUGGCAAUGAAAGUCUGCAGGAAAGAUUCUUUAGCCAUAAAACUUAGCAACAGGCCUUCCAAACGGGAACUGGAGGAAAAGAAUAUCCUCCCCAUGCAGACCGAUGAAGAGAGGCUUGAGCUGAGGCAGCAAAUUGGGACCAAGCUGACCAGACGACUGAGCCAGAGGCCGACUGCGGAAGAACUGGAGCAGAGGAACAUUCUGAAACCACGGAAUGAACAAGAGGAGCAGGAAGAAAAAAGGGAGAUAAAGAGAAGAUUGACCCGUAAGCUGAGUCAAAGGCCAACGGUGGAAGAGCUUCGUGAGAGGAAAAUCCUCAUCCGCUUCAGCGAUUAUGUGGAGGUGGCAGAUGCUCAGGACUACGACAGACGGGCAGACAAACCUUGGACGCGGCUCACGGCUGCGGAUAAAGCUGCAAUUCGCAAAGAGCUCAAUGAAUUUAAAAGCACUGAAAUGGAAGUUCAUGAAUUAAGUCGGCAUCUAACAAGGUUUCAUAGACCGUAGUUUACUCCUAUGUGAGUACUACGCCAACAUCAAAACGUAACUGAAAAGAACCAUAAGUGCUGGUAUUGAUCUCUUCUCCGUUACGUACAAUGUAAAUCUUCUGAACUGCCUUUUUAAAUAAAAUCAAGAAGGAAAAAAGAAAAAGAAAAAAGCUAUCACAAGACCUGUUGGCACAACCUUCAGUAACCGAAACCAACCAUAGCAAGAAUUAGGUCAAGA